AAGGAACACGCUGGUUGUAUUACAAUUCGACCGGCGAAGGGUCCUACAUUUCCCAUGUAUUUAGAGGGACCCCCGGACUUCUAAGUCGGAUCGAAGAACAACACAAUCAGCACCUGAUGGAUGCCGUUUCAGGCCUUCGACCAGUACCUUCUGAACCUGUUGCUGGACCAUCCAGAAGGAUAAAUCCCACGCCCGUGGAUGACUUCGACCCGUCACAGGCACAGGGGAACGAGCUUCUCUCUGACGAAGUACUACCAUCUUCACCUCGUAGUCCUUCGCCAGAGACCUCUUCUUCCCAUGCACUGCUAGAGCCCCAUCCUCUCUGCCGGAGCUGCCAACGGGAAGAAAGAAUCCUACGUCAAAGAAUGGAGUUUUUUCUAAGGGAUAUCGAUGCCGACAGUGGUGACAGAGCUUCGUGGAGAGCUAUCGGCCACCUCAACACCACUAGGACAGAACUAAGGGAGGUGUUGACAUUGGCAGAUUCCGCAAUUGGAAUGGCCAGCCGAGCAGAGAUGGCAGAAGUUGCUCCAGUCAUCUGGAACGAGAUCCGGACGUCCUUGGAGCGGAUCCUCGUGAUGACAGGACAACAGAUGGACGAUAACAUCAUUCGAGGUCAAGAAACCCCAACCGAACCUCAACGGACCAUCACCUGCCAGAUCUGUCAGGAUGCUCUCCCAACGAUUGUGAUUCAGCCUUGUCACCAUACCCUUUGCCCGGCAUGCGCUAUUCGAUUAUACGUUUGCCCGUUCUGUCGAAAGACAGUAACGGGCAGAAAAAGACUCUAUUAUGACGGAUGAGUUCAAUUACUAAAACAUAGAGUAAACUUUAAAUCAAAUUUCAUUAUCUUUUCUCAUACCAUAUAUUCCAUUAAUCACAAUUUUACAUUUUUUUAG